GUUGUAAUAAGCAUACGAAACGUAAGGAUAAAGAUAAUAUAAGACCUACAUCUUAUCAGCUUUAUCUCAUUGAAGUACAUGCCAUUUGUUUAUAAUAUCGACUGAAUUUUUGCGAUAUAAAGUAUGAGUGUAUAUUAGUGAAACUUUUGGUGAAAUUAAAAGAAAAUGGAUAUCGAAGAAGUUCAGUCAGUUAGUGUCAGGAAACUUAUAUCAGCCUUUGAAAAUCAAACUAAUUCUCCUGAAGCUAAAUACUUUAGGCCAAGAACUAGAUCCUUGGGCAACAUACUAGCAAAAAAUGUGACUGUUAGAGAAAACCAAUUUGAAACAUUGGAUGAAAUAAGUGAUGCAUUGGAAGUAAUUCAACAACAACUGCAGGUUUACGACACUUACAAUAAAGCAAGACACGUCGCAUUCCAAGAAGAACUGUUUAACAUUCUGACCAGUAUUAUUAAUAUCGAUAAUGAUGAUCCAAUCAGGGCCCGUAAUCUUAUAUCAACUACUAAGCAUCUAGUUUCUGUGCUGAACAACAAACUUCCAUCUAAUAAUUCUGUUGAACACCGAUAUACAAAAUAUUCUCAGCAGGUCAAUGGUACACAACAAUCUAAUAUACUUGUUAAAAAUAAAGAAACCUAUUCAAAAAUAUCGAAAACUAAUAACCAAAACAUCAAUCGGGAAAACAGUGUUGAGCUUAAUAAAGGCAUAGUCAAGUCAACUGGGGAUACAAAAGGAAUUGGCUUAACUAGGUCUGUUUCAGUUAAAAAACUUAAAGAACUCUUUCAAAGUGACAUAAAGCUAUCCGAACUUCCAACCUAUGAAAAUAAAUAUAUGUCCAAGUCAGAACAAACAAUUAAAGUGAGUAGUACGUUAAAGAAAAGUUCAACGAGUACGACUGAAGUAACUGUUCGUGAAGUGGUUAAUAGGGAAAUCAAGAACGAACGCAUUUUACCAUACCAAGAAUACUACCCAGUAGAACCAACCCCUACCGAUACAAAAUUUCAAGUUUCCGUAGCUAAUCUUCGAAAUGUGUUCGAGGUAAAGUCAAAAGAAGGAUCAACAGGUCUACCGCUGAUUCUUAAGGAAGAUAAGCCUCCGAUUACAAGGUUCAACUACAGAUCUAGCGUUGAUGAAGAACCUGAGUUAGUUAGUUACACGCCGGAUAAACUGGCUUCCGAAGGAAGUAGCAGACUACUGGAACUGCUGAAACGAGACGCUGAAGCGACCAAUCAAAAUUUUAAAUACUCGUUUGAGGUUAGUGAGCAAGAUGAUGCAGGGGAAGUGACACCGGUAGAGUCUCCUCAUAGGGUUGAAGACGAUAUUAUGGCUAAUUUGGAGUACGUAGAAGAAAACGAUAAUGAAGAUGACAAUGACUCUAUAUCUGGUGAUAGCUUAAAUAGUACAGAGAGUGUUAAAACUGUUGAAAGUGUGAAUUCAAAUAAUAAUAGUAGUCAAAGGCUCAAUAAUAAUUACAUUUUUGAAGACAAUGAGGAGGAUGACAAUGAAGACAAUAAUUACAAUGAUCACGGUAUUAAAAUAGAGGAAAUCAAUUCUGAUGAAACGGAAUAUUCGGUUGAAAGUGAAGCAUGAUAAAGCACAAGAUUAAUAAGACAUAAUAUUUAUUAAUAAAAUUAUAAAACAUUAAGCAGAACAUAAAAUAUAAAACUUACUAUUAUUUAAAAAAAAAUACAUCAUAAAAAU